UUUUUUUUUUUUUUUGAUGUAGAGGACUGAGAUUGGAAGCAAAGCUAGGAGUUACAGCAGUAUCUAUUUGUUGUUUAGUUAUAUUGCUAAGGGUAGUGAUGUAUCUGUUGAUAGAUACGGAUCAUAUCCUUUGGUGUUUGGUAUUGAUCAAACCGUACCAAAUUUUGGAUCGGGGCCUAUAUUUGAAGACUCUGAUGAUGAGUAAUUAUUUUAUUUGAAUUUGUUGCUAUUUAUUUUGGCUUCUAUAUAUUUUAUUUAGUUAAUGAUUAAUAUUCUGUUUUAAAAAUUUAUGUCGAUCUAACUCAUUAUAUCAUAUUAGCGAUGGUUCGAAUUAUUCUUAUUGGCGUUAUCUAUCUUAAUAUGGUGUGAGUUUUGUUUUGUGUAUAAUCUAGAGAUUCACAUAGUUAUUAAUAUUAUUUUGUUGCUAUUCUUAUGUUUUAAAUAGUUAUUAGGAAAAAGAUAUUUUUAAAAUUUAAAAAUUUGUGGCUAUGACUGCUUAGUUCAAUUUCCACCGUGUAUGUGCACUGUAAACAAUUGGUUCAUUUAUUUCGAGAUUUUCUAUCUCUCUCUGAUUCCUAAAAGAAAACUGAGGGUCUUGGGCGGUGGUUUCGUUCAAAGAUGUCCGAGCAAAUCUACCUUUCUAAUCUUGCUCGAGGUAGGACGGUUAAGUACGUUCGGGUAAAGAUUCUGAGUCUUUGGAGGGUUCGCAUCUACGGAUUUAGGUGUAAAACAGAAAUGCUUCUUGCCGACGAGCAGGGGACAAAAAUUGAGGGUACAAUCGGUUGUGGUCCUUUCCAUAACGUUGAUAUGAGGGAGUUAAGGGAAGAUGCGUGGUAUACUAUUUCUGACUUUGUUGUUUUUGUUCCGAUCCGGAGGACCCCGAACACACUUCACCCUUUCCAUAUCAAGUUCCACAGUGAUACAAAGAUGACAUUGAUUUAUAAUCUAUACUCGCUCAAUUUUUUUGUGUUUGCAAAAUAUUCUGUCAUUAAGAGGAGGCUUUUGGAGGCAAAUCGUCCCUUUGAUUUAUGUGGAGUUGUGGUCUAUGUGUCCGAAAUUAAAAGGAUGACUUAUGUUCCCGGAGAGUAUGAUGCAAGUACUGCAUGCAAUUAUCUAUAUUUCCGUCUCAUGGAUCAGAAAGGUAGGGAGCUGCCAUGUUUUGCGCUUGGUCAUUAUGCUGCUGAUUUUAUGAAUGUGUGGACAAGCCGAGGCUACCAGGCUUCAUUCCGUUAUCAACCUGUUUUCUGUGUGUUGCGUUUCUGGAAAGUCGAUGAGUUCAUGGGUGAACCUUCUAUCUCCACCAGAAUUGGUUGUUCUAAGAUAUAUCUUGAGCCAACAUUACCGGAGAUCAAGGACUUGAGGAUGAUGUCUGUUUUCAUAGCUAGGGCAACAUGGGCUAUUGAAGAAGGUGAGGAUUGUGAUGACGCCGGUGAAGUUGUUGAUCACAAUUUUUAA